AGUACACACAUACCGGCGGUACAGUCGCUACACUAUUUUCACUCCGAUCCGGCCAGCUGAACGCUAGAGACGUCGCGAGAAGCAGAUAACAGACACGGCACAGUUACGAUAGAUAUUCUUCCAUAUUAUGAUGUUAUUCUGAUCGACUUAACAGUUCAAUCAUAUGCAAUUAGCCAUUCAGAUUUUGCAUUUAUGCGUGAAGAUCGGUUAAUAUGGCAGCAACAGGAGGCAAACCUGGUGUAGCGACUGCUGUCAGUGCUGGAUACGUGUCAAAAUCUGAAGCAGGGCCAGGGAAAAGAACAUCUUAUUGGAAGACAAACACAAGCAAAGUUCCCGGAAGCAUCAAACCUGUACACACUACACACAUGUCAACAGAUGUAAUACAACAUCAACCUAAAGGUAGGAGCUCUCCAAACAAAUCCAAGAAUAAGAAAGACUCGUUUGCUGAUUUUGAUGACAGUACUUCAGAUGCAUGGGAAGUGAAUGAUGAUGAACUAAUAUUAAUGACUUCAAGAAAGUUGUCUGUUGAGGUACAUGGUACUACAGUCUCAGGAUUAGUACAUGUUAGAUCUCAUAGAUCAGAUAGACAUAUAGUGGACAAUGUAGAUGAGAAGACCCAGUCAGGACAGGAUAGUAGUAAUCCAUCAAGUGUGCCUUCAUUGCAGAAAACAGAGAAAACAGAGUCAGAUGUGUCAUUACCAAACCAGACUAAAGUUGAAGCCAAUACAAGUAGUGAAUUACAAAGAGAUGAACAGUCAUCAAUGAAAGCACCACGUCCAUCCUCACCUAUUAGAAUAUCAACCAUCCCAUUUUCAAAUAAAACAGAUGAAAAAGCAGAAAAAUUCUGGGUUGUACUCUCUACACCAAACAUGGAAAUGGAGACGUUACGAAAGCAUAGCUGGGCUGGAAUACCUAAUACAGUACGUCCCAUUGCAUGGAAAAUCUUGUCAGGCUAUCUGCCAGCUAAUUUAGAGAGAAGACAAGCAACAUUAGACAGGAAACGAGAAGAGUAUUUUGGGUUUGUAGAUCAGUACUAUGAAACAAGAAAUGAUGCCCAACACAAGAACAUGUUCCAUCAGAUUCACAUUGACAUUCCACGUACCAAUCCCUUAAUUCCUUUAUUCCAAGAACCAGUUGUCCAAGAGAUCUUUGAAAGGAUAUUGUACAUCUGGGCCUUAAAGCAUCCAGCUAGUGGUUAUGUUCAAGGAAUUAAUGAUCUUGUUACUCCAUUUUUCGUAGUUUUCCUGUCGCAACACAUUGGUGGAGAGGAUAUUGAGAAAGUAGAGAAGUACAAGGGCAUUAACAAACUGUCAAAACAGAUUCUUCGUGAGAUCGAGGCUGAUAGUUUCUGGUGUAUGAGUAAGCUGUUAGAUGGUAUACAGGAUAAUUACACCUUUGCUCAACCUGGUAUACAGCUCAAAGUUGCACAACUGAAAGAACUUAUACAGAGGAUAAAUGCUCCACUACACAAGUAUCUCAUGGACAACCAGUUAGAUUAUCUUCAAUUUGCCUUCCGUUGGAUGAAUAAUCUACUAAUGAGAGAGUUCCCUCUCACAUGUACUGUACGACUCUGGGAUACAUAUAUGAGUGAACCAGAAGGCUUUGCAGUAUUCCAUCUUUAUGUGUGUGCUGCUCUUCUGGAAAUGUUCUCAUCCAGGAUUAUGAAUGAAAAAGAUUUCCAGGGCACAAUGCUUUUUCUUCAGAACCUACCAACCCAUAACUGGGGUAAUAAGGACAUUAGUCUACUGGUAGCAGAGGCAUACAAGCUGAAGUACAUGUUUGCAGAUGCACCAAGACAUCUCAAUCAACAAACUAAGCGAUGAGAACUUGCCAAUAGAUUUAUAUCUUUUGAUGUUUAAAUUAAUCAUGAAUAUUUUUAUGACAUAAAAUUAUUUGAUUAAUGAAGUUGAAAUUUGUGAGGUAUUAUGGUGCUGCUUGUACAGGUCUCACAUGGUUUAUUAACAUCUCAUACAGGUAAAAAUAUAUGAAAAGUAAAAUUGGUCAUGUCUGCCAUAGAUGAAAAUCAGUGAUGAAACCCUUCUUGGAACAAUACUUAGGAUUAUAAAAACAAUUUCUAUUAUCCCGAGGAGAGUCAGUUGUUAAUGUUUGCUUGAGGACCAAAAUUGUAUUUUGCCAUCAGAAUAAAGGUUUCCUCUGUGAAUGUAUCUUUGCAUUACACUACCCUACGCUUUUCAACAAUUACAUCAUAGAGUGUGUUUAUACAGAGAAUAAAAUUCAAGCUCAUGCUGGCUCAUUCAAGAGUUUCCUAUGCAUAAGAUGGUGGGGGAAAAUGGUGAAUGCCAGCAUAUGCCCUGUUUGUACAGAUGUAAAAUAUGUCAGGUCCUCUCACAUUCUCUUGAAUCCGCUGGAAUAAACUUGUAUUUUCAUUCUUUUUAUAAACACAAAAGCAUGUUGAUGUGUAACCAGAAAUAUAGAACAUAAAUAUUUGUCUCAUAUGAAAGAAUAAUAGAACAACUUUACAGUCAUUAAGAUAUACCACUUUAUUUUAAAUUUGUUUAUAUGUCAGAUAUAAAGGAAUAUGUAUCAAUGAUAAACCUGUAAAAUAAUUUUGAUAAUGAUAAUUGCUUUUAAAUAGUUAUUAAUACAUCAUAAAAAUGUCUAAGCACAUUGAUACUCCUGUCACUUGAUUCUGGCUUGCACACACACAAUGUAUGCACUUUUUACACUCCCUGGGGAGCAUACAAGCAAGAGUUUCCAAUAUCUAUGCAAAUUGCAUUGCUGGUUUAUGCAUCCUACCAGGCAGAGGCGUCUAUCGGGGGGGGGGGGGGGGGUGGAGUAAAUUCUAUCAUGCAGAUUAAGCUGUUUUGGUUGGAUUGGAGAUUGGAGUAGUGCCUGUCUGGACAGAGUUACUCUGACCUUCCUUUAGCCAAGAUACUCUUACUGGUUUCUAGGAGUAUCUUGGUUUGAGGAAGGUCGGACUAACUCUGUCCACAAGGGCACUACUCCUACCUUUCUUCUGACUUCCUCUGACCAAAACUGUCUCCUUCUGGGUCGUUAUAAGAUAAAUAUCUUUGGAAUUUUAAUCCAUUCAUAAUAGAAUUUUACUCCAAAUGUGAGCUGACAUCUAAACUAGGCUACUGAUUACAAUGGAGAUUUAGUACAUACUUUCAAUGGAAACGUGUGUUGUGAGAAUAUUGGGUUUCCUGUUGUUUCACUAAUUUCUAUCUUUUGCCAAUUCUUGACUAAUACUUAAAGUAUAUGUUUUGUUGUCUCACCUGCAUAGCAGAGUGAGACUAUAGGCGCCGCUUUUCCGACGGCGGCGGCGGCGUCAACACCAAAUCUUAACCUGAGGUUAAGUUAUUGAAAUGACAGCAUAACUUAGAAAGUAUAUGGACCUAGUUCAUGAAACUUGGCCAUAAGGUUAAUCAAGUAUUACUGAACAUCCUGCCUGAGUUUCAUGUCACAUGACCAAGGUCAAAGGUCAUUUAGGGUCAAUGAACUUAGACCAUGUUGGGGGAAUCAACAUCAAAAUCUUAACCUAAGGUUAAGUUUUUGAAAUGUCAUCAUAACUUAGAAAAUAUAUGGACCUAGUUCAUGAAACUUAUACAUAAGGUUAAUCAAGUAUCACUGAACAUCCUGCAUGAGUUUCACAUCACAUGACCAAGGUCAAAGGUCAUUUAGGGUCAAUGAACUUUGGCCGAAUUGGGGUAUUUGUUGAAUUACAGCCAUAAAUUUGAAAGUGUGUUGGUCUAGUUCAUAAAACUUGGACAUAAUAGUAAUCAAGUAUCACUGAACAUCCUGCCUGAGUUUCAUGUCACAUGACCAAGGUCAAAGGUCAUUUAGGGUCAAUGAACUUAGACCAUGUUGGGGGAAUCAACAUCAAAAUCUUAACCUAAGGUUAAGUUUUUAAAUUACCAUCAUAACUUUGAAAGUUUAUGGAUCUGAUUCAUGAAACUUGGACAUAAUAGUAAUCAAGUAUUACUGAACAUCCUGUGCAAGUUUCAGGUCACAUGAUCAAGGUCAAAGGUCAUUUAGGGUCAAUGAACUUUGGCCAAAUUGGGGUAUUUGUUGAAUUACAGCCAUAAAUUUGAAAGUGUGUUGGUCUAGUUCAUAAAACUUGGACAUAAUAGUAAUCAAGUAUCACUGAACAUCCUGUGCGAGUUUCAGGUCACAUGAUCAAGGUCAAAGGUCAUGUAAGGUCAAAGAACUUUGGCCACGUUGGGGGUAUUUGUUGAAUUGCCAUCAUAUCUCUAUAAGUGUAUUGGUCUAGUUCAUAAAACGUGGAAAUAAGAGUAACCAAGUAUCACUGAACAUCUUGUGCGAGUUAUAGUAGUUUUCAAAAUCAGCACUGCUGCUAUAUUGAAUCGCGUGAUGCAGGUGAGACGGCCAGAGGCAUUCCACUUGUUUAAGAUAGGGUCUCUCAAGCCUAAAUUAUAAAUGUGCAAAUCAAUUUUCACCAAGCUAAGCAGCUGCUCUACAAAUUUGAUGCACAUACUAUUCUUCCAUAAAUCAGCAUGAAGAGUCUGUCAUUCAGCAUAUAGAGUAUUCCAAUAUUGUUGAAUAAAGGUCGGCUUCACAACACCCACCAGCCUGGUAUACAUUAUUUGUGGGGUAGAGUUCUGUUUAAUGUACCUGGUCAUGUCUAUGGACUGAAUUAUCUUGAAAUGACUAGGUAUUGAGUAAAAAAAAAAUACAAACAGAUGGGCAAGAUCCAAGCCAUGGUGGAGAUCAUUCACUAUGUUUGUCCAAUCUUUAUGAAAUGGUUGGUCUUUUAAUAUUUUGGGUAGCUUUGAGACUACCGGUAGUACAGAGAAAUUAUAAAACAUCAUAACUUGUAUUCAUUCUUGUUUGUAAGAUUUUACCCAAUUUGUUGUUACUAUUUUAAGUAUUACUGAAAUCAGAAUGUGCAAGUUAAGAGGUUUCAUUUGAGAGUUGCUCUCAUGGUUAGAAAAUUGAGCAUUCACAAACAAAUCCAACUGUUACCAAAUUUGAGAAAAAUUAUAUUUUUCUAUAAACUCUGCAUCUGAUAUCAUGAACAUUCAUUUAGAAAUGGAACCUGAAAGUGGAAGAAACAAGCGGGAAACAGAAUAUUUUUGUCAAAUGUAUAUUGAUCAGCUUUUGUUUACUGUGUAUUAUAAUCUUUUUAUGACGGUCUGGUUACAUCUGUAAUCCAUCAGGUCAACUUAUAUUAUCUAGAGUGCUAUAGUACUACAUGUUGGGGGCACUUGAUUAGUUUCAAAUAUUGGAAUAUUACUGUUUUAUCCCUUUCUUUUAACAGAGCAAAGUUCAGUCUUUAUGUUCAGUGUCUAUGUUAGCAGCUGUUAAGCUGGAAGUGCAUCUGGCUCCACUGGCAGCAGAACAGACAUGGCUGGUAUUUUUAACUAUUUUGUUUUCUUCAUUAUUGAAAUUGAUAAUUUUGAAGGCACUCUUGUGGUUAGUUAAUGGGUAAAUUAUAUCACAUUUUGGCCCUUAGACCAUCAUGCAAGUAAAAAAUAUAUGAUGUUAAGCCAAUGGAGUACCUUAUUACUAUGACAAUAAAAAUAAGAGAAAAUA